AUGGAAAAAUUCAUCGAAGCCUUAAAAAACUACCAAAUUUACUAUGAAAGAUGGCGAUCAGGAACAUGGCCAGACAGAUAUAUAUUUGACAAGUCCAAUCAGAUCCUCAAUUUCACCGUCGCAAAUGCUUCCGUCAAUGGCAAGACAAAUUUGUCGUCAAUUAUGAAUGGCAUCUCAUCGAACUCAACCAGCCCAUCUCAACCCAGGAAAUCACAGAUCAGCAGACUAGCAGUUCUUCGAGCCGAAUUCUUCAAACUUCACCAGACCAUCAUGCAGGACAUUAAUCGCCUAUACCAAGAACGAGCCGAGGCCGGUAUUCCUGAGCAGGGUAGCCACCAUAGGAAGCUCAUUAACGAUGUGAUCGCGGCGCGGAGGUUCCAUGAUUUGAUGACUGAGUACCAACAUCUCCAGUCACAAGAAGAGCUGAAUGAUCCGGAUCAAGCGUUGGAACCCUGA